AUGAGAUCGAUAGAGGAUAAGGGGUGCUUGAGUUAUGGAACUACACAAGAGACGCCGGGUGGAAGUUGUAUGACUUUUGAGUUCCACAAAGGGAAUGGGAUGAAUCGAGCUUCUCAUCAACGAACAGCAUUAGGAAAACCGACUCCAUCAAAAUGGGACGACGCGCAAAAAUGGCUAGUAAAUCUAUCGAAAGGAGGAGAUAGAAAUCAGGCAAAAGCUUCCCCCCGUAAUUCAAAUGCUGAUGACAGGAGAUUGAUAGUUCCGGUACCAAAGAAGGAAUACUCGAGUGGAGACGAGGAAGAAAAUGAUGGUGCUGGCUCUACAAGUGCGAGCCCAUAUGAAGUGGAAACUAAGAAAGUAGAUUGUGAUGAGUCAAUAUGGAGAAUCAAUAAGCCUGUUAAUAGUUCUGCAUCGGUUGUGCGCUCUGUAUGUGUGAGGGAUAUGGGGACGGAAAUGACUCCGAUAGCCAGUCAAGAGCCCUCGAGAACGGCCACUCCUAUCAGAGCCUCAACUCCGGUAUCAAAAAGCCCCAUAUGCUCGGGUCCAUCAACUCCUGUAAGAAGUCAGAACGGAUGUCUGGUUAUCACAAGUGAUCAAACUGUUAUAAUCCCGACUGAGACGAUAGAUGAGGCUGGCAGGGCUAAUGGUAACACGGGACAAUGGAGCAGAGACGGAGAAGAACCCAAUGCUAACAAUGCAUCUGCAAGUAAGACGACAGAUCAGUCAAGAAAGUUAAAUCCUCUGGAAACCCGAGCAAUGGCUUGGGAUGAGGCUGAGCGUGCCAAAUACAUGGCGAGGUACAAGCGCGAAGAGGUAAAGAUUCAGGCCUGGGAGAAUCAUCAGAAAAGGAAAGCCGAAAUGGAAAUGCGAAGAAUGGAGGUGAAGGCUGAAAGAAUGAAAUCUCGAGCUCAAGAGAAGUACACAAAUAAACUUGCAUCGACUAGGAGAAUAGCUGAGGAAAAGCGUGCAAAUGCUGAAGCCAAACUGAACGAAAAGGCCGUGAAGACAUCAGAAAGGGCAGAUUAUAUUAGAAGAACCGGGCCACCGCUGCGUCUCCUUCACUUCUCUCUGCAGUCAUCUGAUUCUCUCCGACUGUUUCAUGGUAGGGUUCUCCAUUUGGGCAAUUCGAUGCUAGGAUUCUGUUUGCUAUAUAUGUAA